GCUUGGCUUGCUGAGGGGGUCGCGACUGUGAAGCGCAGUGGGUCGGGUGAGACGGAACUCGCCUGACUCGGAAUAUUAUUAGUCCAGACCAGAGCGGACAGGCUCGGCUCGGCUCGGCUCGGCUUGGCUUCACGAGGGUCUCAAGAUGCGCAGAAUAACUGGAAAGGCGGGAGGAGACAGUUUAAUUGAGAUGAGCCCGACAGAUUUGAGCGAUGAUGUAAAUGGCUAUCACCACCAUGCCUCAACCAGCACAGGAUCGCUCCAGCAGGGACAAUCAGAGAUUAACAAGCAGAAAUACAGUAAGGAUUCCGUGUUCUUCCGUGACGGAGUGCGCAGGAUCGAUUUUGUCCUGUCCUAUAUUGAUGAUAAAGACGAUCAAAGAAAACAGGAGAGGAGGAGGGUGUAUGAAUCCAACUUACAGAAAUUCGGCCUGGAACUGGAGACAGAAGACAAAUCUGAGUCAGAGGAUGGAAAGACUUAUUUUGUGAAGAUCCAUGCUCCAUGGGAAGUACUGACCACAUACGCCGAUGUGUUGAAGAUCAAGGUUCCUUUCAAGGUCAACGACAUCCCAGAAAACAGCGAGAUCCCCAUGAACUGGCUGUCGACACCUUUCCGUCUGCCGGAGAAUAUCAUGCAUCCUAAGCCAGACUACUUCACAGCUUCUUUCAAUAAGAGCAAGUCUGACUUCUUCCUUAUUGAUGACAAAGAGACGUUCUUCCCCCCUUCUACUCGCAACAGGAUCGUCUUCUAUAUCCUGGCCCGCUGUUCAUACUUUAAGGAUGAAUGUGGAGAUAAAGACAAGAAGGGAAUCAAGAGGUUGCUCAACAAUGGCACCUACACUGCUGCCUUUCCCCUGCAUGAUUGUAGAUACUGGACAAGGUCAAAGGAUCCUAACUGCGAAAGUGAGAGAUACAGUCUUUACAAAUACUGGGCCAGAUUCUUUUGUUUCUUCAAAGAGCAGCCCCUCAACCUUGUAAGGAGGUAUUAUGGGGAAAAGAUAGGUAUUUAUUUUGCAUGGCUGGGUUUCUACACUGAGAUGCUGUUCUUUGCUGCUGUAGUCGGAACAAUUUGUUUUGCUUACGGAUUCCUCACCUACGAUGACAAUGAAUGGAGUAAAGAAAUAUGCAGUGAGGACAUCGGAGGUAAAAUUGUCAUGUGCCCACUUUGUGACAAAAAGUGUACCUACUGGAGACUUAACAUAACAUGCAACUCCUCAUGGCAAUCGCACCUAUUUGACAAUGUGGCCACCGUGUUCUUCGCCAUAUUCAUGGGGAUUUGGGUGACGCUGUUUCUGGAGUUCUGGAAGAGGCGGCAGGCCCGUCUGGAGUACGAGUGGGAUCUGGUUGACUUUGAGGAGGAGCAACAGCAGUUGCAGCUUCGGCCAGAGUAUGAGACCAAGUGCACCAACCGCAAGCUGAACCGCAUCACUCAGGAAAUGGAGCCUUACUUACCCAUAACAAGCAAGUGUGCACGCACAUGCCUGUCUGGAGCCACCGUCCUGUUGUGGAUCUCAUUGAUCAUUGCCUGCAUCAUUGGGGUCAUAGCAUACCGCUUGGCGGUAUAUGCAUCCUUUGCUAGCAUCAUGAAGAACAAUACUGCCACCAACCUGGAGGUGGUUGCCCCCUACGUCACCCCACAGCUGGCCACUUCUGUCACUGCCUCUUGUAUCAACUUUGUUAUCAUCAUGAUCCUCAACCUUUUGUAUGAGAGAGUGGCUGUUAAGAUCACUGACAUGGAAAUUCCAAAGACCCACCUGGAGUAUGAGAACAAACUGACAGUGAAGAUGUUCCUUUUCCAGUUUGUCAACUAUUACUCUUCCUGUUUCUACGUGGCGUUCUUUAAGGGCAAGUUUGUCGGCUAUCCUGGAAAUUAUACCUAUAUGUUUGGCAGCACAAGCAAACUGAGGAAUGAAGAGUGUGAACCUGGUGGCUGUCUGAUUGAACUGACCACUCAGCUAGUGAUAGUGAUGACUGGUAAACAGGUGUGGGGCAACAUCCAAGAAGCUUUGGUCCCGUGGCUGAUGAACUGGUGGGGCAGCAGGAAGGCACGAAGCCACCCUGAGAGUCUGUAUAGCCGUUGGGAGCAGGACUAUGACCUGCAGGGCUUUGGACAGCUUGGCCUCUUCUAUGAAUAUUUGGAAAUGGUGAUCCAGUUUGGUUUCAUCACACUGUUUGUUGCCUCCUUCCCAUUGGCACCCCUGCUGGCACUUAUCAAUAACAUCAUUGAGGUUAGAGUGGAUGCCUGGAAGCUCACGACUCAGUUCAGACGCCCCGUAGCAGCAAAAGCCCACAGCAUAGGAGCCUGGGAGGAAAUCCUUGGUGGUGUGGCCAUACUCUCUGUAGUCACAAAUGCAUUCAUUGUGGCCUUCACCUCUGAUAUGAUUCCUCGACUAGUGUACAUGUACGCCUACCGUACGCACAAUGAGCUGAAUAUGAAAGGCUACAUAAACAACAGCCUGUCGGAGUUUAACAUCUUAAAGUUCUCCACAGACGAAAAGCCUGAGGAAUAUCCAUCCUGGUUCACCAGCAACAUCACUACCUGCAGGUAUCGUGAUUACCGCUAUCCUCCAGGGCAUGAGAAGGAGUACUACCAAAAUAUGCAGUUCUGGCAUAUUUUGGCUGCCAAGCUGGCUUUCAUCAUUAUCAUGGAGCAUGUCGUGUUUAUGGUCAAGUUCUUUGUGGCCUGGAUGAUUCCUGACGUUCCAUCUGAAGUGAGGGCCCGAAUAAAGAGAGAACGCUACCUGGUCCAGGAGUACCUCCACAACUAUGAAGUGGAGAAAUUGAAGAUCCAGCUCAGCCAAAAUACCAAUGAGUGCACCUGCCAACCCAUGAUCUAUCCAUCUUUAGCCAAACAUGAGGUGCUGUCAGAGUGCCUCUAGCCCAGUGAGCUGCUGGUCAGUCAGUUGAACACAGUGACAUAGAUCUCCCUGCUUGUUUCCUGAUACUGACCACCACUUUGGUGCAAUGUCCAUGUUGCUUGUGUAGUACAUACAGACAUGUAUGAUGCUCACUAAAGGGCUGGACCUCUAGUUCUUUACUCACAGCCAUCCCUCUUCUACUAAUCUACCGAUAGUGGAAGAUCACACAGGUGGAAAGACCAAGUCUCCAUGCAUGCUGAAAGUUUGAGGCACUUGACUUUAAACGUCUGUUACAAAUUUAUGGCUUUUCACUCUCUGCGUUGUAAUUGUCUUGCCGAGGACAAUCAAAAUUUGGUUUAAGGAAAGAGAAGGUCCUAUACACUGUCAACCAGAGAGCUUACUCAUGUUCUAAACACAAAACUAUUUAUUUUUAAGUGCCACUAUGAGUAACCAAAGAUUUGAUGCCUUAAUUUGUAAAGCAUACGAUAUCAUUGGUUGUGUCAGUCAAAUGAUAACUCAUGUAAUUUUAAGGCUGAGAGUUUGCUUAUUCUUGAAUAUUUUAUACUGUAUGUGCAGUGUUCUAGUGUCACACAACAGAACUUUAUGUUGAGCUCUAUUUAUUAGUUUUUACUGUGAGCAUUGUUUAUUUCUCUGCUUCAAUAUAGCAGCACAAAUUUAACACAACAUUACCAAGUUAUGUUCCUCGCUCCACUGGCAAUUAGGAAGCCCAGACACUUCUUGCCAUAUUCUUAUUUUGGCCCGACAGUUUCUGUAGGCUGAAACCUAACAUGUGAAGUAGCUUUUUUCUUUAAAAAAAUUAUAUAUAUAUAUAUAUAUAUAUAUAUUUUAAAAAAAAAGAAGAGAAAUCUGUGCUGUGAUGAAGGACAGACUUUGUCCUGCAGUGGCCAGUUCAGCUGCAGAAGUAGCAGCUGGUGCAUGUUGACUGUUGACAGUGUGUCCUGUUCUUGGAGAUGAGAGCGAAGAGAUCCCUUUUUAAUGUGCCUGUAUUUACCAACACAACAGAGCUAAUGAAGGCCGCCCCUCACCUACUGAACUAUGUUUGCUCCAUUACACAAAGCACAUCAGCCAUCACCCACUUCUUGUGCUUCUGGCUUCCUCAGCUGUGUCCGUGUAGAGAAGAAAAGAUAUGCAUUGUUUUGUUUUUUGUUUUAUUUUGCACAAAGCACUUAAUUGAAACAUGACUGCCGAGUCACAAUCAUGUCAAACUAAAUCUUGUGACACUAGGUAAUCACAUACAGUGUUUGGAAGCAGCAGUGUGUGCUAGUAACUGUUCCUUUAAGUGGAACAAGAGUUAUGCUGUAAGUAAGGAGCUCCCAGCUCUGUUAAAUGUUAAUAAGAAGAUUAGAUGUGUUUUUUCUUUUGAGAUGAUAUGAAGGACAUUUCACAUUUAUAAAGUUAUAUAGAAACAUAUGAGAAAUAGCUGUUAUUCAUAUAAAAAUGUAUUUGAAUUUUGUAGUUCACUGGUUGUGCUGUAGAUUCUGACAAAUCUGUUUGAGGUGUAUGUACAUGUGACACCUCUCUGUUCCAGUUUGCCUUACUUAUGACAUCUUCUCAGCUGAACCAGUACCUCUUAAUGCCUUCAUGUAUCUAGUACUUUCCUUUUUGUGUAAUUUCCUUGCAUUUCUCUUUCAAGCUCACUUUUCCCAUAUUCAACUUGUUUUGCAAUAGUAGUUAAAAUGUUUGUGCUUGCAGAAAAGGGUGAACCUGUUUACUGUAUGCUUAUAGUUACAUUUAUUUUGUUUUGUUUUUUUUUUCAUUUUGUUCUGUCAUUUUUGUUAUCCAAAUAUGUCAUGUAACAAAAAAGAAUCACCUAAAUAAAGUACUAGUUAAACUUGG